AUGUCAUGUGACCCGGAAGUGAGUUGUGUCGAGCCACACGCGCGCUGGUAACAAGCAUGGCUCCAGGUGGGAAAAUCAACAGACCAAAAACAGAACUGGCGAAGAACCUCUUCAAGAGGCGGAGGGUUCUGACGAAGCAGAAGAGGAAGAAGCCUCGCAUUGUUGGAGCAGUGGUGGAUGAAGGUCUCAUAACUAAACACCAUCUGAAAAAGAGGAGCACCAGCUCCAGGGCGAACAUUACGCUGUCUGGAAAGAAAAGACGAAAACUGCUGAAACAACUGCGCCACAUGGAGAAAGAAAAGGCCGGCAUGGAAGUUGAAGAAGCACCCAAGAAGAAGCCGACUCCGCCUCCUGCUGACAAGAAGAAGAAGGUGAAGAAAACCGGCGGCGUGGAGAUGAUGGAUGUGGAAUAAACAAACUAAAUGGAUGUCUUUAAAGCUGCUAUUUUUCUACAUGUAGACUGUACAGGAUCUGCAUAUGAAAUAUGCUUUGUCUAUUGAAAAUGCUCAGAAUACAGAUAUCGGUCUCACUAUGAUAAUAUUCAGGAGAACUGAAAGGAUUUUGAAUUGAUAAAAUGCAUUAAUCCAUCAUCAUUAGUUUUCUAUCUUGUCAUAUUCUCAUCGGAAUAUCAGAGCUGGUUAUUUGAGACAAUUUAACAAAGACUUUCAGGAUAUUGAUCAAUCACCAUGGCAGGGCAACUUCAAGCAGAAUUGAGACACAAGGAGAAAAUUGAUAGAUGAUCAGUUUUAUGACAUUAAUGUAUUGCAACAGUUUAAAACCUUCAAGUCAUGUUUUAUGACCAGGCUCCAGUUUCUCAAAACUGUUUUGUUAUGUAAUUUUUUUUGUGCUUUGGUUAAUUACAAUAAAUCAUGGUUUAUUCAUA